UUGGCAAACAGAGAGAAAAAGAAGAACAAAACAACUCCGCAAUUUCCCAUAAUUCAAUUCACCACAAACACAAUCCCUCUCUCUCUCCCCUCGGCGAUCUUAAACUCUUAUCUGGUGUGUUGACAAUAUGGAGCAUGAUGAGACGGGAUGCCAACCCCCUCCGGAAGGUCCUAUUUUGUGUAUUAACAACUGUGGCUUUUUCGGAAGUGCUGCAAACAUGAACAUGUGCUCCAAGUGUUACAAAGACAUGGUAUUGAAACAAGAACAAGCUAAGCUUGCUGUGUCAUCAAUUGAAAACCUUGUCAAUGGAUCAUCUGCCGGAGAGAAGGGAAUGGUUAUUGUUGACCCCGUAGAUGUGCAACCUGAUACUAUUGAAGCACAGUCUAUAGCUUUGCCAUCAUCUCAAACUUCGAGUUCUAGUGAUAUGCCCGAUGUAAAGGCUAAGGUGGGUCCUAACCGCUGUGGCACUUGUAAGAAAAAGGUUGGCAUCACUGGAUUCAAAUGUCGCUGUGGUAACAUUUAUUGUGGAGCACACCGCUACUCAGAUAAACAUGACUGCCUGUUUGAUUACCGCUCUGCUGGCCAGGAUGCAAUAGCAAAAGCCAACCCUGUUGUUAAGGCAGAGAAGCUUGACAAGAUCUAGAAGGGGAGUAUUUGGUGAUUUGAUUUGGUCUCCAAAAGGGUCCUUCUCUGAUUGGCAACAUAUAUUUUGAGAUCUUAUUAAUCCUGGGGGACGAAGAAGAAAAAAUGAUAUGUGCAUGUUCAAGAAUUAUUAAGAGAAUUUGUGUGUUUGCUCCAGUUUCAGGUCUUUCAUUUUACUGGUUUGAUAGCACUUUGAUUAUGUCUGUCAUAUGUCGUUCUCACUCACCUGGUAUUCUAUCAGAUAUUACAUGUCUAAAUGGUAUGUGCAAAUCUGGAUAACAUGGAAAACAUCCAUCGACUUGGUUGUGUUUUGUCAUUGUAAAUUUUUCUUCAUGAUCUCUUGCAUGUCUUUAUCCAA